AUGAGGUCAGCCUGGCCGCUCUCUCCGCCCCCGCCCAGCGGAGAGGCCCGGCCGUGUGCGGCUGGGCUGGCCUCCGCGCCAGGGCACUUGCACCCCGGCCCCACCCCGCAACUUCUCGGCCAGGCCCCGCAGGAGACGGAAGGAGGCACCCUCCGGCCCCCCGCGGGGAAGCAGCCGCUCCAGCGCCCCCCGGGCCGGGAUCCAUCCCAGCCGCCCCCUCCCGGGUCAGAGCCGGGGCCGCCGCCGCCCCCUCCCCAGGCCUGCCCCGCCGGAGUUGCGCUCCGUCCCCGCGCACCGCUCCCCACGCCGAGAUCGGGGGCGAAACUUUGCCCCGCUCGGCCGGAGGGUCAGCCCGACCCGCCGCCGCCUCCGUCCUCGCCGGGCCGGCCGCGCAGCGCCGGAGGGGCGCCGGGCAGGGCUCGGCCCGGGCAGGGCGGCGGCCGUCCCGGAGCGGCGGGGAGAGGCGAGCGGGGGCGCCUACCUGCUGGCGAGCGUCUGGAGGUGGCAGCCCAAGAUGGAGGCUUCUCUCCCCGCCAUUCAUGCUCGCAGCUGCUCGGCCCGGGCCGCCUCGCCCUCGCUCCGCGCUCCGGCUCCGCCGCCGCCUUCAGCCCAGCCUCGCCGCCGCCGCCGCCGCCUCCCCCUCUGACAUCAUCGCUCGCCGGCCCCGGCCCGGCUUCGUGCGCAGCUCGGCCCGCUGGCAGCGCAGCCUCCGCAGGACGCCACCUGCCGCCCCGCUCCGCUCCCCGGCCCGGCGGUUCCGAGCGGCCGCGCCACGCCCACGCGCAGCCGCUCGACACGACACGGGGAACGUGUGCACGGGGUCACCUUGGGCCGGGCAGCCGAGCCCACCUGCCAGGGCCGUCGUGA